CUAUCUGUGCGCUCUCUCUCUCUCUCUCUCUCUAUCUCUCAAUUUCUCUGCCCUCCACUCAACAAUGGCAGGUAGUUGCGCGCUCUUCUGCGAAGUAGUAAUCGCAAUCUUACUUCCUCCCGUCGGUGUUUGCUUCAGGCAUGGCUGCUGCAGCGUUGAAUUCUUCAUAUGUUUGGUGUUGACAAUCCUAGGUUACAUUCCUGGAAUAAUUUACGCUCUCUAUGCUAUCCUCUGCGUAGAUCGCGACGUCUACCGUGGGGGCGAUUACUACGGUCAACUAGCCUAAUAAUUUACGCUCUCUAUCUCUCCUUUGUGGUUAUGCUGUAAACUGAUGGUCAUGAAUCUGUUUUCUUCAUGUAUUGGUUGAAUUCAAGCAUAUAUAUAUUUUUUUUGUACUUCGGAAUAUGAAUUCAAGCAUGUUCGAUUAUCCUAUAUCGCUAUACAAUUGAAUCUCGCUACUUUUAUACUAUGGUGGUUGAUUUUAGAA